AUGGAGACGCGGCUGCUGCAGGAUAUGUGGGCUGCCGUGCAGGCGUUCCUCGAGUUUGGCAGCAGCGACGCUGGCGCGUUCCUCCGCGAGCACUCGCGGCAGGCGGCACGCACCGCGAACAUCACGCGCCAAAGUUACCCACCGCUCAUGCUGGAAGACGCGCUCGCCAAGUUCUACGCGGGGGGCGUUGCGGCUCCGCCGCUGUUGCUCGUUGCAAUUCUCAACCGCAUGUUCUGCAUGGAGGCCAUCCCGGCAGCGGUUGCUCGGCCUGUGAACGACACACGACCUGUGGACUUCAGCGACCUGCUGCGGUUUUACCUUGACUGUCUGCGUGAACCGAAGCUCCCUGGACCGGUGGCGGCGCAGCUGUACCUAUGCGCCUCAUCGCUCAUGCUGCUGCAGCCCGGAGUAAAUGUGGUGGAUGCUCUGCUCUGUGGCUUUGGCGGUGUUGUGCCGUCGACGACGCGGGACACGCGCUGUUUUAUGAAGCUGCUAUCGGGAGUGAUGGGCGUGCUCAGUGACCGGCGUGUGAUGAUCGGACCAGUGCGUCGCUCGAGCCAGCGGCUGUGCGUGCAGAGCAACAUGCACCUCGUUCUCUCUUGCAGGCCGGUGGAGGAAGAGGCUGACCUGAGUGAGGUUGCGGCGGUCGUUGCGCAGGGGGUGACAUUCCUCACAGAGUGUACUGUGCGUGAUGCACAGGAGACGGCUCCCUUGUUCUGGUCGCAGCUGCCCCUUUCACCCUUCUGGCGCGCGGCGCUGCAGCGUCUGCAGCAAGGCUCAGCGAGCGAAACGGUGGUGGAGGCCGUCUGCGCUGUGCUUCGCUCCAUUACCGUGCUUGACACAGGUGCCGUGACACUGCUGCUGGCAGCCCUGACGGCUGUGCUGGGCGACGACGCGCGGCCCGCAAUGCCGCAUGUGUGCCGCGUCAUUACAUCAGCGCUGGAGUCCGCUGUGGAGACGGUUGUGGUGCAGCUCGGUCCUGAGCACACGCUCUACCAGGCCAUGGCGUCUGGCGCACAGGCACUGCAACACGUGCUGGCGACGCCGGCGCUGAUGGCGGCGUCAGAGACAGGUCUGGUGGUGUGCGAGGGUCUUUGCGUGCUUGCGCAAGUGCUGACGCCUGUUGCGUUGCCGGAGAUGGACACCACAGACGACCCCGACGACUACGCGAUGGUCGUUGACGACAUCAAGCGGGGGAAUCGACUGAAGGAGGAGGCGCUGAUGCGCCUGCGCGGGUUUGUGGAGGGGUGCCAGGCCGCCCUGCUGGCGUGGGUGUGUCGCCUGUCCGCCUCCGAUGUGCGCGACGUUGCGUUGUACGCGCGCCAAAAUGACGGUGAUGUCUUCGCAGCGCGGUAUGAUGAACUGCCCGUGGCGCUGUUCAUGACGUACGAGCGGCUGUGCACAUUGCUUCACCCUGCCCAACACGCGGAGGUGCGGGCUCUGGCGUUGCAAGGCUACGUCACCGUGAGUGCUUGGGAUGCCGGGCUCUCAUGUCAGGCGCUGCUAGCCGGCGGUGCUGUCUUGCUUCAGCAGCAACACGCUCCCUUUGUUCCUCUCAUUACUAGCCGCUUCAAAACGAAGUGGGGACCUGAGCAGACGAGUCGGGUGGUUUCUGCGUUAGCGGUGCUUCUAGGGGAUGCCGUCAUGCGUUCGAAGAGUGCAACAAGCGCUGCUUCCAUUAGUGAGGCGUUAUGUGAAAUGUGCGCCCCAGCUGUGCCAUCCAUGGUGGAGGCUCUUUGGCAGGGCGUUCACUUGACAUGUGAUGGUGACAAGACACCUCGCGGGGUGCUCGCGUCGCACCUCGCCUCCCUUCUGGAGAAGGGUGAAUGCUCAUUGCCGCAUGGAUGUCUUGACAACUCGCAGCUGGAUGACCACACGCUCGCCGAGCUACGCUCCAGCAUACUGAGAUCACUGCAGGAUGUUUGGCGUGUGAUGGAGUCCCUGCAUCGCAUGGAGCCUGAUGUGUCACAAAGUCGUCGUGCGGCGGAGCGGAUAGCGGUAUGGGCGCAACGUGCAGCAGAAACCGGCUCGCUGGACCUGGAGCAGUACGAUAAUGCCGUGCGGCAAUGGUGCAAAGCGAGCCCCCUCCACCUAUGUGUGACUUGGCGGCUGGUGCGUGCAUUAGAGCUUACCAAAAGAACGGCGGUGGCGGAAAUCCUUGUUGAUGCGUUGGAGUUAUUCGUAGCGCGCGUGGAGGAGGCUAGUGAGAUGAGUUGGGGCAACGGGGACGAUUGCUUCUCGCCCUACGUAUUCGAUACGAUUUCACAAAGCCCACACGCCCCAAGGCUGAAGUGUGCCCUUUCCCACCUGAUGAUGUCAUCCAUGCACGUGAGUGACAACGACAGGUUUCUUCGAUUGCGUGUGGUGGUUCGAGGCGGUAAUUCACUUCUUCAUGGACGGCACUGCAGUCCCACUCUCAUCGUCGAGCUGUUCUGCGAUGCGGCGAGGGAGUACAUAGGGAUACAACAAGGACUCUCAAGGGCGACGGCGUUCUCAGCGGAAGAAGAAGCCAUGGAGGGGGGGAAGGGGCAUGGCGUGCAGGAGCUGCUUGCCGACCUUGCACGGCUGGGCAGAGUGGUCCGGUUAGUGCCACAGUUGCCAGUGGGCGCACCUGCGUGGCUGCAUGCUGUAGGAAGUGCCGUGGAUGAGUUUGAAAUUCAACGAAUCUUGAAGGGGGACCGGUGA